AUUGAAGAAACAGAAGGAUUUGGGCAAGAGUAGCAAAAAUUUGCACCUUGAAGAAUGAGAACUCCACACGAUGCUGAGGUGGAGGAAACACUGAAGCGAAUCCAGAGCCAAAAGGGAGUGCAGGGAAUCAUCGUGGUUAAUUCAGAAGGCAUUCCUAUCAAAAGCACCAUGGACAACUCCACAACCAUCCAGUAUGCCGGGCUCAUGCACAGCUUCAUCAUGAAGGCGCGGAGCACCGUGCGGGACAUCGACCCCCAGAACGACCUCACCUUCCUGCGCAUCCGCUCCAAGAAAAACGAAAUCAUGGUUGCUCCAGAUAAAGACUAUUUCCUGAUUGUCAUCCAGAAUCCAACUGAAUGAUUGCACUGACUUGGUCUGGUUUUUUUCCACUUUGCCCAACUGUUUUUUUUUAAUUUAAUGGUAAAGAAUAGAGCAUUAGUGUUAACUGUGCUGUGCCACUCCAGUAAGGUUCGGAAAAACAAAAGCAGGUGGUUUGCUGUCCACAAACAGCAAAAAUGGCACUUUUUUUUUGUAUCACAAGUCGUUUCGAGGGAGAGCUGGUGAGUUAGAAUUGGGCAGUAAAAAAUGCAACAGAUUCUUUUAAUAGCUAAAAAGAUAAUAUAAUAAAAUUCUAAUAAUAACCUAAAAAAGGCUAUUCUUUGUAUGCCUCCAUGCCUCUGUCACCACUGAGCUCUGCUUUGACACUACUAGUUUUGAGUGGCUGUAAAUAUGACUCUGCCUGUCCUCUAGUUCUGUCUUACUCCAUUGGUUUUACUUCCAAAAGGUCUGACCAUACCAUAUUAAAAUAUGUCACCAGUGA